AUGGCGCCUGUCAACAUUGUGAUUGUGGGGGCUGGAGCUGCUGGUAUCACCAUUGCCCACUCUUUGCUUCAAGGGGUUCCCAACGCCAAGGUCUUACUGGUCAACCCUGCCCAGACCUUCUACUGGAACAUCGCAUCCCCGCGCAUUGUCGCCAAACCCAAUGCCUUCAAGCCGGAGCAGUACUUGCUCCCGAUCAAGGACGCCUUCGCGCAAUACUCGGCUAGCGCAUUUGAAUUCGUUGCUGGAACUGCAACGGCUAUCAACGUUUCUGCAAAGACUGUGGCCGUCACGCUCAAUGGCAGCGGCGACUCGAAAGAUUUCUCUUACGACCAUCUCGUGAUCGCAUCUGGAAGCACCAACCUAUCCGCCACUGGUGCAGUUACUGGGACCGAGAUCCCAUUCAAGCCAUCCAAUCGGGAUGAUGUCAAACAGGUUGUCGAAGCUGCCCAACAGCAGAUCGCUAAUGCCAAGGAGAUCGUGAUCGGCGGUGCCGGCCCAGUAGGUGUCGAGUUGGCAGGUGAGCUUGCUGAGAGCCUGGGCAGCAAAGCAACUAUCACCUUGAUCUCUUCUGCAGACCGUGUACUCCCUAUGCUGAAGCCCUCUGGCAGUGCCGUGGGCGAGAAGAAGCUGAAGGAGAAGAAGGUCAAGAUCAUUACCUCCACCAAGGUCACCGGUGCCGAGGCCUCGGCUGAUGGAACGAAGUCCUGGACUGUCACUCUGGACAACGGAAAGAAGCUGGUUGCUGACGUGUACAUUCCCACGACCGGCGCCAUCCCGAACAGCAGCUUCAUUCCUGCAGAGUUCCUCGACAACAAUGGCUGGGUCAAGGUCAACGAAGAGCUGCGUGUGCAGUCCUCCAGCGGUUCGGCUCUGCCCAUCUAUGCCGUUGGCGACAUCAACACCAACAACAUGCGCUUGAGUUUCAAGGCCACCGAGCAGGCCAAGAUUGCCAUGACCAACAUCAAGGCAGAUAUCUUGGGCAAGGGCGAGCGCAAGUCCUACGACCAGGGUAACAGCGUCAUGAUGGUUGUCCCUGUCGGAGAGACUGGUGGCACCGGCCAGCUGUUUGGAAUGACCCCGUUCAACUUCCUGGUGAAGUAUGUCAAAGGCAAGGACUACCUUGUGUCCAAGGCGCCGCAGUAUCUAGCAGGCAAAGCCUGA